ACAUCGAUAACAACGGUUUUAAAAUACUGUGCUCAAUCGAUAAUUGUCACUGUUAUCGACUGGACCAUAUGCCGGCUUCAUCCAAAAGUUUUGUUUAUAAGUAAAUUGCAAGGAAUUAUAAUUAAAAUGGACAGAGACUUGCAGAAACAUCUGUACGGAGUACCGCGGGAAUCGUCUCCGGGACCACGGAUUUACGCCAUGUCGCCUAAUGCGGCGGACAGCACACCAAAAUCCUUUUUUGGCGGCAACGCCAGCAGCGCACAACUGCAUGGAAGCCUGAAGAAGACCGCCCUGAGUAACAGCCGGCUGUGUCUAUCGGUGCGCUCUACGCAGUCCAUUCCGGGGAUACGUUCGGACUACAAUGUGGUGGAGAGCUUCGGCGGCCCGCUACCCGUGGCGGUAAACGAGGCCCUGACCUUUCCCGGCACUGGAGCCGCAACAAUCACUGCCAAAGUGGCCCAGAAUGGUUGGGCUUGGGUUGUGCAAGGCCGGCGUCUGCUCAUCUGGCAGUACAAAGACCCAACGAAGUCCAACUCGCCUCCUCGUGCUGGUCUGACCCCAAGGCGGACUGGGGGCAUGGCCCAGAGCCGUGAGUUGACUCUGCCCUACAGCGACCUGGGUCACAAGAGUGAGUUGAUAAGCGUAUUCCACACUACUGGCCAGCAAAUGGCGUCCUGCAUAUCUGUUUCCGCCACCGGAGACGUGCGAUACUGGUCAUCCAUCGCUCAUGACGGAAACUCUGUCGAUCUCUCGAUCUUAACCGGACAAGAGUUUGUUCAGUUGCUAAAUCUACCCAGCCAAAAUGGUUACUUGGCUGUGACCUCUACAUGUAAUCUGGUGUUUCUCAAAGUGGGCCUUGCCAAUGGACGCUACACACUUCAUCACAAGACCAUCAAGCCGGCCACCAGCUUCCUUGGCGGCUUUGGAAAGAAGUUCGCCUCCAUUUUAAUUGGCAUGAACCCGGGCGGCGACAAGGAUCAGAGUUUGGUGGGAAUGUGCUGCGAGAGCAAUUCCGAAAGUGGAGAAACAGUUGUUGCCCUGCUUUCUGACCGCGCCGUCCAGCGAUGGUGUCUGUCCAACAAGGGAAAUGCCGAGCAGCUGAUCUACGAAGACGCCGAAGUGGUGCGCCGAAUCCGCGAGGAGUUCAAGACCAAGUUCUGGAAUGUCCGUCUGCCUGCGGACAAUGUGGAGAUCGAGCUGCACCUGUUAGACUUCCAAAUGGUCAAAAGCAAGGGCUACAUUCUAGCCGGAGCUGUGAACGCUGCCCACGCUCCACAAAUGUGCUAUGCUCUCGUGACUGUCAGUGCCCAGGAAGAGAGUAUGUUUCUGGAGUCCUUUACGCCGCUAAAGAUCAAUAAGUUCUUUAGCCCCAAGACCGAGGAGGAUUGCCUUAGUCUGCGUUUUGUGGUCGGUAGCAGUCACAUCUAUCUGUACACGCCAAAGGUAGUAUACCCGCUGCACUUGUCCCACGAGGGUGGGCCUUCGGCGGAACUGGAGGCGGAGAAAAUUGAGUUCCACAUGCACGACGAUCGCAUUUUGAGUGCAGCCAUCUGCAGUCACCUGCCGCUGUUCUUUAGCCGCACUCACGGACUGGUUUCCAUUACGCCGGGCGAUUUCGACGGCACUGAACUGCUGAAUAUGAGCACCUGUAACACCCCCGAUCUUUUUGCCCCCGCUUCGUUCAGUGCCAGUUUCAAUGUUGCCGACCAUUCCGCAAUAACGGGCAGCACCAAUAAUCUGCACAUGUUCGAGCUUGAUCCCGAGGAUAUGUACAACGAACUGAGCGAUGAGGUGGGUCACCUAAAGGCAGCAUUCCUGUACCAUCUCAAACGCAACAACAACAUGGUUAAGAGCAUUGUCGGUGACCUGCUGCGCAGCGUAUUUGAUCCCGAUCCCAAUGGAGCGGCUGUGGAUGCGCUCAAGCUGGAUAGGAUUGUCAUCACCAUCGCCGAAGAUCUGGCCGAGGACUUGCCCAUAUCGGAUCCACGUUGGGAGGAGGUAAUGGGAGAUCAGGACAUCCAUCAUCAUGCCCUUGGAAGCUCGCGAUCCAUGCAGAUUAUAAAUCAGCUGAGGGACAAGGUUAUUGCCUUCCAGCAUUUUAUAGCGUUUUUGCAUUCCAGUGGCGUUUGGGAAAAGCUCAAUGCCAUUCCUUGUGGCAGCAACGUGCUAAAGCCAACAAGCUUUAUACUGUCCGACUUAAGUGAGAAGAUAGUGGCUGCCCUGGCCCUACGUUCCCUGCAAACCAAACUGCCCAUUCUAAUUGAGGAGGCCAUUGAUGCCACAGUUGCUGGAUGGGAGGAUAAGCCCCAGGGCAGCCUGACCAACCAGGAUAUAUUCUAUGUGAAACUAAGCAAAUUUCAGAACGUGUUUGAGGCCCUAGCGGACAUUGCCGACGAUCGGAUUGCUGGUCAAAGCCAGACAACCUUGUCGGUGGCCCACUUUAUUACAGACAUUAACUCCAUUGUCCUGGACACGCUCCACGAGGUGCUUCGGCAUCGGGAGCAGCACGCCAACAGCUUCAGACUGCACAGCGACAGGUUGGCCUGUUAUGAGAACCUGCCUUGGACGGCCAUGUCAGGCGUGGCCGGAGUCCGGGAUACACUGACUCGCCUCAUUGACAUAAGUGUGCGCUAUGGCGGCCACUGCGUCAGCGAGACAGAGGUGAAGCAGCAGCUGUACCAACAGAUAUUCGAGCUGGUCGAUAUUGUGCUAGAUGGGCGAAAGAAUUACCUGGAGAGCGUUCGCGACACGGAGAAGUUCAAUGUCCUGCAGCAGCAGUUUGAGGCUCAGCGACGCGAGCUCAUCUCAGUACUGAUCAAGGACCGUCAAUAUGAGUAUGCCGCAAAGCUGGCAGAAAAGUACCUUGACUUCCCGAGCCUGGUGCUGAUAUGCGAUGAGACAAUGGACAAUGAUCGUCUGGACGAUUACACACGCAAGUACGAGGAAUACAACUUCUCGCAAUUCGCCAUUAACUGGCAUUUGCGCCAGAAUCGGCACGGUGAGGUCUUUGAUCGAUUCAAGAACAAUCCAACGGCGCUGGCGCAGUUCAUGCGUGACCAUCCGUCCUUGGGCUGGAUCCAGCUGAUAUUCAACGGCGACUUCGAGCGGGCGGCCAAGAUGCUGUACGAGUUGGCCCAAUGUGAAGUGGAAUUUGUGGCGCGCAAAAAGUCCAUGCUGUCGCUGGCUAAGCUGGCCGCCUUAGCGGCACCCGAUUCCGAUCUGAUGGCCCAGGUGGAUAAGAUUGAUGUUGAUUUGGCCCUGAUCGAAUUUCAGGCGGAUUUGGGCCUAGACGUAUUGCAGAACUUUGGCUUUGAUACCGCAGACCAGAAAGUACUCAAGGCCGAGGAAAUUAUCAACCUGUUUAUUGCCGAGGAAAAUUAUUCUGCCACGGAGGUAGAGUUCCAGAGGGCCCUAGACCUGUUGACCUACGUGGAAAACCCAUACGACAUGAAGCACAAGAUAUGGUGUGCUGCCAUCAAACGCGAUAACUGGACGGACUAUGAUGCUAACAAUGGAGUAGACUACAUGCACAAGCUGCUCUUUUUCAAGAUUAUCGAAAUGUCGCAGGUGUUGGGUAAGGAGGCCGAGAACAGCCUACCGCCUCUGGAGGAUUUCCUAGAGAGCUCGGAGCUGGGUGAUCUGCCGCAACAGAAACCGUUCCAAUAUCUGCUCAAGCUGACCUACGAGUAUGUGGCCGACAUGUUAAGACAGUCCGAUGAUAAGGAACUCUAAUCCCAUUUCCCGCAUUUGUCAAUUAUUAAAGCUUACGUUAA